CGAGCAUGCGUGCGGACCAGCUUCCUCGACGUCGUCGGGCGUAAAGUCGUGCUUCGUCGCCGCAAUAUGCACGCAUUCUCUGAACGCCGCCCCAAUACCUAUCUCAGUUAGCCUCCGCCUCGCGCCUCCGAGACGCCCACAUCAGGCAUUUAUCUGCGCCCCUUGUCUUCUCCCAGGGCGCGAAGCAUGUCCGCCUCCAUGCCCUCCAUCGCGCUCCACGACCUCGCCGUUGAGUUCUCCUACAUUGAUAGCGGCGCGCCGCCAGGGGAGGGCGACUACCCGACGUUCAUCCUCUUCCACGGUCAUACGUUCUAUCGCGAUGUCUGGCGGCCCAUGUUCGACUUGGCCCCCGCGCACCGAGCACGCCUGAUCGCGGUGGAUCGACGUGGCUACGGCGCGUCCACGCCCUACACGCCCGAGGAGCAGGAGCUCAUCUCGCAGGGCCCCGAUGAAGCGCGCCUCGCGUUCAUGGAGAGGGAGGCCGAGGCCCUCCUCAAAUUUGUCGACGCGGCCAUUGCGCGCUGCGCGCUGCCCCCGCGCGUCGUGCUCGUUGCGUGGUCGGCGGCUGUAGCCUACGCGUACCCGCUCCUCGACGCGCUCCCCAGGCUCACCCCGGCGUCUCAGGAGCGCGUCCGGAGCUCCGUCAUCGGCGUCGUCUUCUUCGACCCGCCUGUGAGCGCUUGGGGCCUCUCAGGCCCUUCGCUGUAUUUGCCUAUUACGGAUGAGAACAUUCCGCCGGGGAAGACACGCUUCGACGCGUUCAACCGGUGGUUUUCCAUAUACUGGCACCACAGGAGUACUGACAGCCACGACCCGACCACACUCUGCGCCACAGAAGAGGAGAAUGAUGCGCAAGCGAAUUCGUCCUGCUACGCGCGUCGAGUAGCCACUCUCGACACCAUGACGCGUGCUCAACGCGACGCACUCUCCAACCUCGACGCUGCGAACUUGUGUGACAGCUUCGUGGUCUCCCCGCCACAUUUUGGGAACGUAUUAGCCGAGCUGCGAGAGCGGACGCUCUUCAAUGAGGAGUGCAUGUCGCAUUGGGUCGGGGCACGGCUAUCAUACUUGUGGUGUGACUGCACGACAUGGAGCAUAGUUAUGGGCAAAUGGAAGCUUGAAGAGGAAAUUCAGGCUAGACAAGGCCGCAGUUACGCGCCGCCCGUCGAGUUUAGACGGAUGGACGGGUGCAAUCACUUCGCGGCUUGGGACGACCCGGAGAAGACGAUGAUGGCGCUCGUCGAGCUAGCAGAACGCAAAUGAGAACGCCGGGGCCAGUAUCAUCUCGGGACACGUCAGUAUCAUUCGGGGCCAUGGACAUCGCGGACGCAUACUCAUCUCGGGCCUGCUCACUUCGGGGCCUACUCAUCUCGGGACUCAUCUAUAACUUAUGUAACUCGCCCGCUGGCGAUGACCGGAUACAGCAUACAAUGUCGAAGCACUCUUGGCCGGUGCCUUUGCCUCGUGAUCUUGUGGAGAUGCGGCCUGGGAGGUCAGUAUCC